AUGAAGAACAUUCCAUAUGCUUCUGUUGUUGGAAGUCUUAUGUAUGCUCAAGUAUGCACAAGGCCCGACAUCGCAUUUGCUAUUGGAAUCUUAGGAAGAUAUCAGAGUAAAUCAGGUAUGGAUCACUGGAAAGCUGCAAAGAAGAUGUUGAGAUAUCUUAAAGGAACAAAAGAUUACAUGCUAAUGUAUAGGCAGACGGACAAUCUUGAUGUGAUCGGCUAUUCAGACUCCGAUUUUAUUGGUUGUGUUAAUUCUCGCAAAUCAACAUCAGAAUAUAUUUUUAUGAUGGCUGAUGGAACUAUUUCAUGGAGAAGUACUAAGCAAACCUUGGUUGAUACUUCUACUAUGGAAGCCGAGUUUGUCUCCUGUUUUGAGGCUACUUCUCAUGGUGUAUGA